AUGGCGGCGACCGAGCAAAAGAUCCUACCUCAACCAGGGAAGAGGAAUAUCCUUAUCACGAGCGCUCUUCCCUACGUGAACAACACGCCUCACCUGGGAAACAUCAUUGGAAGUGUAUUAUCGGCCGAUGUCUUCUCCAGAUACUGCAAAGCCCGCGGCUGGCCGACCCUCUACGUAUGCGGAACGGAUCAAUACGGUACUGCGACCGAAACAAAGGCGAUUGAAGAGGGGGUUACUCCGGCAGAGCUGUGUGCCAAGUUCCACAAGAUACAUUCUGAGGUCUACCAAUGGUUCAAUAUUGCCUUUGACAUCUUCGGCAAGACCCCGACCAAGCAGCACACAGAGAUUUCUCAGGCCAUGUUCUUAACGCUAAGGGAUAAAGGUUACCUAGAAGAGAAGGUCACUAUACAACCGUACUGUGAAAAGCAUGAAUCGUUCUUGGCAGAUCGGUUCGUAGAAGGAGAGUGCCCGCUUUGUCACUACGCAGAUGCUAGGGGAGAUCAGUGCGAUAAGUGUGGUAAGCUUCUAGAUCCACUAGAACUAAUCAAACCUCGGUGCAAACUGGACGGAGCAAGCCCUGUGCCGAGAGAGACAACACACGUGUUCCUGUUACUGGACAAGCUACAACCAAUGAUCGAUGAGUGGUCCCAGAAAGCAUCGAAAGACGGCGCAUGGUCAGCAAAUGGAUGGAGUAUCACGAAGAAAUGGCUAGAUGAGGGCUUGAAACCAAGAGGUAUCACGCGUGAUUUGAAAUGGGGAGUACCAGUGCCGGUUGCGGGUUUGGAAAACAAGGUCCUGUAUGUGUGGUUCGAAGCUUGCAUUGGGUACCCGAGUAUCACUGCGAACUAUACCGACGAGUGGGAGAAAUGGUGGAGAAAUCCGGACGACGUCCGCCUAUAUCAGUUCCUAGGAAAAGACAACGUUCCAUUUCACUCCGUCAUCUUUCCCGGAUGUCAAUUAGGAACGGGCGAGACAUGGACAAAGCUCCAUCAUCUUUCCACCACCGAGUAUCUCAACUACGAAGGAGGAAAAUUCUCCAAGAGUCGUGGUAUCGGCGUCUUCGGCAACAACGUUCAGGAAACUGGUGUUUCAAGCGAUGUCUGGCGUUACUACCUCCUUUCCCGUCGUCCAGAGACCGGCGACACUGAAUUCGAGUGGACCGCCUUUAUUGCAAGCAACAAUAACGAGCUCCUCAAGAACCUCGGUAACUUCGUCAACCGCAUCAUCAAGUUUGUAAACUCAAAGAUCUACAACUCGAAGAUUCCCGACUACGCUGACUACGCCGCUCUUGGCGACUACUAUACCGAGCACCUUCGUGCUGCGAAUGCCAUUCUCACACAGUAUAAUGAAGAAAUGACGGCAGUGAAGCUACGCGCAGGUCUCGUUACUGCUCUACAUUUCUCGGAUCUUGGCAACAAGUUACUCCAGGAUAACCGCAUCGACAACAAACUUGCCGAGAACGAGCCAGAGAAAUGUGCCGCUGUCGCGGGAUUGGCCAUCAACCAUGUCCAUCUCCUUGCCAGCCUCAUCGAGCCAUAUAUGCCCGGUACAACAGCCUCCGUGCUCUCGCAAUUACAGUCCACGCUCCAAAUCAUCCCGGACACAUGGACGCCAAAUACUAUACCCGCUGGCCACACCAUUGGCAAAGCAGCAUACUUAUUCAGUCAGAUCAAGCCCGAGAAGGAGAAGGAGUGGCGCGAGAUGUUUGGCGGUACUGCCGCGCUCGAAGCAAAACGCGAGGCUGCAGAGAAAGCAGCAAAGAAGAAGGCGGACAAGGAGAGGAAGAAGGCGAAGAAGGCAGAGCAGCAAAAAGCUGCCCAGGAAGCCGGUGUGGAGCCAAGUGUCGAGGCCACGGAGAAGGGUACGGACCAGGGCGUCGGAAGUGACAAGACGGCUGUCGAGGAGGUCACAGAGGGCGUAAAGCAAGCGGUGUUGCAGAGCUCUUGA